AUGUCGCUAAUAGGAGGAAUUCUCACUGCAUUUGCUCUUCUUUUAGAAGUUGAAUCAAAACAACAAUAUUUUUUAGUAAAGCCAUCUGAUACAGAAGUUAUUGAAGGUCUUACUGCCAUGCUCCAAUGCCGGAUAAAUAAUCUGGCAGGAGCAGUGCAAUGGAGUAAAGAUGGCUUCCUUUUGGGUUUUGAUCCAGCAAUUCCAGGAUUUAGACGGUAUUCGAUGAUGGUAGACAAAAAAGAAGGAAUUUAUAAUCUGAGAAUAUCGAACACUAUGAUAGAAGACGAGGGGAAAUAUCAGUGUCAGGUCGGACCGGCUCCUGAUGAAGGGCCGAUAAGAGCUGGGGCACAACUUACUGUACUAGUUCCUCCGAAUGAGUUAACUAUUAAUGGUAGACCAGGACAUGCAGUCCUUCGUAUAAAGGAAGGGGAACGUGCCAAUUUAACUUGCAGUGCUCAGCGUAGCAAACCAUCAUCGCGGCUAAAGUGGUAUCGUAACAGGGUGGAACUGAUUCCUGAAGCUGCUAAAACGUUCACACGUGAAAGAACAGGAAAACUCCAGACGGUGCUGAGCACUCUUAUAUUGUAUCCCAAAAUGGAUGAUGAUGAAGCAACUUAUAUAUGUGAGGCUGACCAUCCAGCACUGCCUGAUCCUUGGACGUCAUCUGUUACCAUAAGUGUCCUUUAUCUCCCGGGGAAUCCAAUUAUAACAGGAUACAGAGAAGGUGAUAUUUUGAUGAAAGGAUAUCCUCUAUCCCUAUCUUGUACUUCUAAGGGUGGAAAUCCUCCACCUCAACUGAUUUGGUAUAGAUUUGAUCGUCAGCUGGAUACCACCUACACCACUCGUUCAAGUAAAACUGUGAACAACCUAAAGUUUACAGUCACUGCUUCCGACAACAGAGCGAUAUACCGCUGUGAGGCAACUAGCAGCCUUAUCAGUCAACACAUGUCAGCACUUAUUACGCUUUCCGUCCAUUAUCUUCCCGAAAAGAUGUAUUUAAAAGGGCCUUCAAACGCCAGGAGAGGAGAUACUGUUACCGUUGUAUGUACAACUUCUCCUAGUAACCCAGCUGUACAAGUGAAUUGGUCAGUGGAUGGAAAACCUGUCACCAGUGGCGAAUAUGUUACCACAAAUGAUAGCAAUGGAUGGAUAACAACGUCCAACCUAACCGUCACUCUCACCAGGCAGGAUCCUGACACGAAACGUUUUGUAUGCAGAGCCGUAAAUUCACAGAUUGGAUUUACAGAAGGGGAAAAGGAAAUUAAAGUGACAUAUCCUCCUGGAACACCUACAAUAGUUGGCUAUUCAGAAGGAUUAACCAUGCAAGCAGGCAACAUCAGGAGAUUUGACUGUGUUUCACUCGGAGGCAACCCCCUCGCUUCUCUUCAGUGGUAUCGAGGCACGAAACAGAUAAGCACAGUUUCCCGUGUUACUGGAAGUGGUGUUUCAAGUAAACUCGUAAUAAAAGCAAGACGGGAAGAUAACGGUGCCAUCUAUCGCUGUGAGGCUAGCAACCUCGCCACCACUCAACCUGUUAAAGCCUCCAUGCAAAUUACUGUUACAUUUCCUCCUGGAAAUGCUACCAUCAUUGUACAACCAACACAGCCCAGGGCUGGAGAAGAGAUGACAUUAAAAUGUUCUACUGACAGCAGCAAUCCAGCAGCACAGAUUAUUUGGUGGAAGAAGGGACACAAAGUAUUAAGCAAUCACGUCGAGAUUGUGGAUGCCAGCUUUGGAGGUUAUUCUACUACCAGUUCACUCAAACAGCACCCUACGUCACUUGAUGAUGGCGCAACUUUCACGUGUAUAGCGUCCAAUGGUAUCACUGAUAGUGCUGCUCGAGACGACUAUAGGCUUUCAGUUUUGUACAAACCGGAAUUCGCAGAGCCGCUAAAGCAUGUGGCUAUCUUAGAAGGGGAGUCAGUAACUGUCAACAUGACAGCUACAGGUAAUCCGAGCGUAGUCAGAUACUACUGGAUUCGUGGUGGUGUUCGAAUUCCUGACCAGGAGAAGAUGCUAACUAAAGAAAAUGAUCAUAUUAUGAUGAGAGCGAAAGGACCUGUGCUUUACUUAGAAGCUACAACACGGAAAUAUUCGGGAAGCUACCACUGUAUAGCAGAGAAUACGCAAGGAUCAGCGAAUGCAACAGUAGAGUUCAAUGUUUUGUAUCCAGCUGUUAUUCUGAAUCUUACUGAGAAUCGGAAGAUUGACGAAGGAGAGAACGUGACUCUGGAAUGUUGGAUAGAAGCAAAUCCUAUAACCUACAAAACAGUGGAAUGGAAAAAACAAGGGACGAAAACCAAACUCCCUAGCAAGUCUUUUGUGUUGGGUAGAUCACUCCUGCAACUUUUCAAAGUGACUAAAGAAAUGGCGGGAAUAUAUGAAUGUAACGCUUAUAAUGGGAUCGGUCAAAGAGAUAUUAUGAACGUGGAAGUUGCUGUGAUGUACAGGCCAGUAAUCCUUCAACCUUUGAAACAAACGAAAUUUGCCUCCAAAAACGAUGAAGAAGUUACUAUUAACUGUAUAGUAGACGCUAGGCCAAACGUUACAAUUACUUGGUAUCUGGGAACUCAAAUAAUUAACUGGAUGCCAACUAACUCAAACUACAAGGUGGAUUUUCGAAAGAAUGAACAUACUUUAUGGACAAGCGUUCUUCACAUCAAAAAUGUGCAAACUUUGACUUUUGGAAAUUAUACUUGCCGAGCGGAGAAUUACUUAGGGUAUUCUUCAGCCACUGUGGAAAUUGUAACGUCCACAACUCCUUCAAUGGACUCUACAAAGGCUGUGACUAACGGUGGACAAGACAAAGAUGCAAACAUUUCAAGACUGGUGUGGAUGGCUUGUGCGGUUUGUGGGGCUUUGGUGCUUGUUUUGAUAAUACUGAUUGUAACAUGCUGUAUUCGACGAAGACAGCGCUUGCGGAGACGAGCUGUGGUUGCUCUUCAACUUCAACGCAUGAGCCAGAACGAAGAAAGUUUCAAGUCAGUGAACAACACAGACGGACAGCCUUUCUUUUUAUCAGGAAGAACAUGCGAGAGAAUUGCAGAGGAACACGGAACAACGGAUCACAUUCAAUUUUUAGACCAUGAAGGUUCGUGGAGGAAUUGUUCCAAAAGUGAAGAAACUCAGGUACAUCGUAUUGCUCACCUUGAAAACUGGGGUAUCGAUCAAAUAAGGAAACUGAGCAGUAGCGAAAGUUUGCAUGAAAACAAUCGAUGUCCUGAUAUCUUGAAGCAAUAUACAUAUGCCUGUAAGGAUUCAACGGAAAAAGUUGUGUUCCUGGCAGACGGAGAACCAGCAAAAGAAACAUGUUUUACUAAUAGCUCAGAAGAAGUUUCCAAAAGUUUACUUUAUGAAUUCCAUGCUCGAGUUAACGAAAAGGGUACCAAUAUUUUAUCCAAAUAUACAGAAGAGAGCCAUGAGCCUCUUCUACCUACCCACAUCAAUGAAAUACAAGUUAUAAACACAAGCUGAGAGAUCAAAUACCGCCAAGAGAAUGUCGUCUUUGUGGUGGAAUAUCAAAUAGCAUAGCGUUUUCCUGUAAUGAAGAUCCAAUAAUUCGUAAAAUAAUAAAGAUGUGAUGAUUGAUUCCCUGAGAAAAUUCACCAAAGCACGUGUGUUACCCUGAAGUCACAAUCCUUCACUGUCUUUUAAUUUCAGCCAGUAUUCUCUAACGCCAGCUGUUUCAUAAACGUGUCACCGAGUCUUCUCAUACAAGUCACCUGUAUUUAGUGAAUUUUCAGGUUGUGUUUCAUGUUUUGUUUCUCAACAUUAAUGUAAUUUAUAUUAUUUCAGAAAAUGAAUUCGUGUAAUAUUUUGAUUAUACCACAACAAACAUAAUCAAAAUCCCUUAUGUACUAACUACCUGAAACAGCCUCGAAGUGGUUGAAUGUGUGUAAGGUGUGACACUAAGUGGUUCAGUUUGAAUAAAAAUUGUACUACAAUUAAAUAUGUAUCCAAAAUCAAAACUAUUUGAAGGUCUGUCAAAUGUUAACAGAGUAAAGUGCUUAUUUUUUACUGAAAAAUUGCUUUGCAGGUUAUUAAGAAAUACAGUUUAGAAUUAUGUUUGUAAGGUAUGUAUUGCUAAACAAUUUCAAUAUAUAAGUUAUAUAAUAAAUAUCUAUUUUCAUAUGAUACUGUUAGUCCUAUUGAAA